AGUACCGCGGCGAGGUUGUUUUUGACUGGUGAUGGAUGAGAAGUUUCUCAACGGGGAUUUUUAUUUUAUUAAAUUAAUUGUAGUAAUUUUUGUUUUUACUCGUAUGUUUGAACUUUGUAAAGUUUCGUUAAGUAUAUUAAGUCAUCUACUGUUUGAUAAAUGUUACAAAUAAUUUUUAAGAACGUAAAAACGUGACUGCUGAAUACCAAACGCCCAGGCCGGGAUGUUUAACGUUGAGUAGUUACAACAACUGCUAACUUAUUUAAUUGUGACGCUCCACUCGUUCCAACCAGCGUUUGGGGGGAAAAAAAGAGAGGAAAACUGCGGGGAUCAAAUGUGUGAUGAGAAAGCGCGUUAAUAUAUUUAUGUGAAGGAGAAAACUUUCGCUUGUGUGGAAUAAAUAACGAAGAGUUCGUCCUGCGGGACCGAAAAAAAAGGCAAAAUUGACUGUUGCUGUCGACGUUGGUUGUCCCGGUGUGUGUGUGUGUGUGUGUGUGUGUGUGUGUGUGUGUGAGAGAGAGAGAGAGAGAGAGAGAGAGAGAGAUCUGUUGGAGCUCUAUUGUUCUGGAGGAUUGACUGACCAUGCAGCCCUGCAGCGCUGUUCUUUCCUUCAAAUAAAAUAAGACCCUUCGGACUCCUCUAGUGGAUUAUUACUGUUCGUCAUCAUCAUUAUUGCUGCUGUAACUAAAAUUUGAGAUGGACGUGACGGUGUCGGAGCUCAUGGCUUCUUUCCUGGACUCUCCUCUCGUUCUCUGGGUGAAGACCUGCGGACCGCUCAGCGCCAGCUCAGAAGACAGCCUUUCCGUGUUCAUGGAGCUGGUCGAUGGUGUUUUCCUGCACAAAGUCAUGACACACAUUGACCCGAGCCCCACGAACCAGAGGGUGAACAAAAAUGUCAACAAUGAUAUCAACUUGCGUGUGCAGAACCUCAACACAGUCAUCAGGCAUAUCAAGAACUACUACCAGGAAUGUCUGCAACAGCUCAUUGUCAUGAACUUGCCUAAUGUGUUGACCAUCGCCAAGGAUCCACUGUCAGAAAAGGCGAUGGAGGAGAUGAAGAAGCUGCUCCUCUUGAUAUUGGGCUGUGCUGUGCAGUGUGAACGGAAAGAAGAGUUCAUUGAGAAGAUCAAAUCCCUGGACAUUGAGACACAAGCGGCGAUAGUCGCAUAUAUACAGGAGGUCACACACAACCAGGAGAAUGUUCUGGACCUACAAUGGCUAGAAGUGUCUGACCUGCCAUCUGAGGAGCUAGACCCACUGUCCCGAACCAUGGCCUUCCACUUGCGCAGACUAAUUGAUGAGCGGGAUGAUUGUGCAGAGGUGAUUGUGGAGCUGACCCAAGAACGGGACUACCUGUUGUCACAACAGCCGCCUAACCCUCCGCCUGCCCGUGAACCGGACCAUUCACCCCAGGAGGGACCCAUCACCUUGCUUUGCAGAGAGGACCGGCAGCACCUGGCAGUGGAGUUAGCUGACAGCAAGGCUAAACUGCGGCGUGCACGCCAAGAGCUCGAGGAGAAGACAGAGCAGCUAGUUGACACAAGGAGCGAGUUGGAGAGGCUGGAGGUGGAGAUGCAGAAACUGAAGCAGGAGAACACACAACUUCUGGCUGAAGCACGAUCAGCACGGGUAUACCGGGAUGAGCUGGAUGCCCUGCGGGAACGGGCGGCCCGCGUGGACCGGCUGGAGACGGAGCUGUCGCGCUGCAGGGAGAAGCUGCAUGAUGUUCAUUUCUACAGGACACGUGUAGAGGAGCUGCGGGAGGACAACCUGACCUUGUUGGAGACCAAGGCCCUGUUGGAAGAACAGCUGGCAGGUGCACGGAGACGCUGUGACAAGUUACAUGAGUUGGAGAAAGAGAACCUGCAGCUGCGCUCCAAACUGCACGAUGUGGAGAUGGAGCGAGACACAGACAAGAAGCGUUUGGAGGAGCUGCUGGAGGAGAACAUGUUGCUGGAGAUCUCCCAGAAACAGAGCAUGAAUGAAUCAGCCCACCUAGGCUGGGAGCUGGAGCAGUUGGCCAAGAACAAUGAUGUCAAUGGAGCAUGCAAGUCUUUCGUCUUGGAACUGAAUGAGUCCACAUCCAGCCAGCUGUUGAAACUGGAGAAGGAGAAUCAAAGUCUGCAGAGCACCAUCCAAGAGCUGCGGCAAGCAUCGCUGAACACGCAAGAGAGUCAGCUGCGGGCCCUGGAGCUGGAGAAGGAGAACCAGGGCCUCAGUAAGAAGCUGGAGCGACUGCAGACGCUUCUGGAACAGGAGAGACAGACGACACAAGAUAUGGGCAAUCUGGGAGAGGAGCUGCUGAAAGACAAGUUGAAGUUGGAGCGGCUCCUGGAGGCCGUGCAGACUGAGAAGUGUAGACAGAUCUCAGAGCUGGAGGUGGAGAAGGAGCAGCUGAGUCAGACCGUGACUGCACUGCGACAGCGGGCGCAGGCCGACAGCGAAGCCCGAGUACGCGAGGUGGAACGGGAAAAUCGCUCCUUGCACCAGACCAUCUCUGACACAGGUUCCAGGCUGGCAUGCCUCGAGGCAGAGAAGAGGCAGACUAUAAGAGAGUUGGAGCAGCUGCGUAAGCAGUGUGAACAGGCCAAGGAUCUAGAGCAGAAGGUGGCCCACCUGGAGCGCAGCCAUGAGGACCUUCAGAAGCAGGCGGCUGGCUUGCAGGAGGCUCACAUUAGAGUGGAGGCUCUGGAGCGUGAGAAUGCAGGGCUGGAGCAGGACAACUGCCGUCUGAAGAAGCUGGCAGAUUCAGCUCAGAACUCUGCGCUACGCCUAAAGGUGCUGGAGGAGGAGCACCGACGGCAGGGUGAGGAGAACCUGGAGCUGCAGCGCACAACCGAAUCCCUCAAGCUGGCGGCCGCCAAGGUGUCGCAGCUGCAGCAGGAGAACAGUGAGCUUGAGCGUGAGAGGGAAGAACUUUCCCUCACCGUGGACUCGCUGCGAGCCCUGGCAAAAAAGGCUGAGCGCCUGGAGCUAAGCUACCAGGGCCUAAACGAGGAGAAUCGGCAGCUGCGGCAGUCGCUGGAGGAGAGCGCUGCAAGGGCGCAGGCGCUGGAGCAGGAGCUGCAUGAUGCUGAGGCAGAGAGCCAGCAGCUGCAGAGGGAGCUGGAGGAGCGGCGGGUGGCUGCGAGGCGCUCGGAGGCCCUGGAGGAACAAAAGCAGACGCUGGAGCAAGAGCUGGGACAGUUGGAAAAGGAGAAGAAGCAAAUGGAGCGGGAGGUUAAGAGGCUACGACAGCAGCUGGAGGUGAAGGAAACUGCUCUUGAUGAGAGCUCGCUGCGGCUGGCGUGCCUGGAAAAGGAAGCCCGCAUGCGGGAGAAGGAGCUGAGCUGUCUGAAGGAAGCCUCUGGGAAGGUUAAGGAGCUCGAGAGGGAGAACAAGGAGCUGCAAAAACUGGCCACUAUCGACAAGCGCACUUUGGCCACUCUUCGAGAGGACCUAGUGAAUGAGAAGCUGAAGGUGCAGCAGCAGUGGAACGAGAUGGAGAAGCUGAGCCAGGAGCUGGAGAAGAUCGGCCUGAACAGGGAAAGGCUGCUGCAGGAGGAGCACAACUGUGAGGACGAUAAGUACAAGAUUCUGGAGACUAAGAUUGAGUCAACGCUGAAGAAGACCUUAGAGAUCCGUGAAGAGAAGAUUCAGAGCUUAGAGUCUCGCCUUGAGGAAUCAAGCAGCUUGAACCUGCAGCUGCGCACAGAGCUCACUGCUGUAAAGAAGAACUUGGAGGCUCUAAAACAGAGGCAGGAGGAGGAGGAGGCGCACUCACGCAGCAUUGUGCUGGAGGACACUGCAAGUCCCAAAAGCCCCAGGCUCUUCCAGGAGAAGUGGGAGACAGAGGAGAGAGAAGCCACAGCAGAGCUUCUGAAGCUGAAGGACCGGCUUAUCGACAUUGAGAAGAACAACGCUGCUCUGCAAACAGAAAAACAGCUGCAGAAAGAGCAGCUGAGGCAGUUGGAUGCACAGAACACGCAGCUGAACUCGCAGGUCCUGGCACUGCAGCGGCAGACAGCUGCUUUGCAGGAGCACAACACGGCUCUGCACACGCAGACGGCAAAGCUGCAGGUUGAGACCUCCACGUUGAGCUCUCAGAGCGCUGCUCUUCUUGCGCAGAAUGCCACGCUGCAGGGUCAGGCGCAGACGCUGGAGGCAGAGGCGGAGGCCUUGCUGCGGCAGCGGGACGAGGCGCAGGCAGGCCGAGAGGCGGCGCUACACGACCACGAGCGCCUGCUGGCCGUCCACGAGCGACAGGCAGCCGAGUUUGAGCAACUUAUGAGCCGCCACACCGCCCUGAAGAGCGCUCAGCGGUCUCUGGAGCAGGAGCAUCGCGUGCUGGAGAGCAAGUACGAGGUGCUACAGACUCAGAAGGCGGCCAUGGAGGAGCUGGAGUCGACCCUGCAGCGGGAGAGGGAGAGCUUGGGGGACGAGGUCCGGAAAAACGCCCUUCUCCUUGGGGAGAACCAGAGCCUGAGGGGGGAGAUGGACAGGCUCAUGCAGACACACGUCCAUCUGAGACAGGAGUACGACGGACUGCAGCAGCACACGAAGGAGCUGAAGACGUCUCUGAACGAGACGCAGCUGGAGCUGAACAGCUGGCAGGCACGUUACGACCAGCUGAAGGAGCGGCACCAGAGCCUCGACAUCUCCUUUACCAAGCUGGAGAACCACUGCGAGUUGCUGACACGUCUGAAGGGGAACCUUGAGGAGGAGAACCAUCACUUGAUGAGUCAGGUCCAGAUUUUGGCCCAACAGAACCAGACGCUGCUGGAGCAGACGAUGGAGAGUAGGGAGCUGUAUCACGAGGAGCAGAAGCAGUACAUCGACAAACUAAACACUCUGCGACGUCAGAAGGAAAAACUGGAAGAGAAGAUUAUGGAUCAGUACAAAUUUUAUGACCCAACCCCCAAAAAACGGAACCAUUGGGUUGGUGCUAAAGCUCUGGUCAGACUCAUGAAACCGAAGAAGGAGAGCUCCCACGAACGUGUCCAGAGCUCUAUGGACACCGUUCCGCUGUUAUCGCCGCCUGCCGACUGCCCCGAAGGGCCGUCCCUAACGCUGCCCCCUAGGCAGCCCCGCCUCAGCCUGGACUCCGUGGGUGCUCAUUCACUGGAGGAGAACCACAUCCACUCGCCUUCCAUCACACCGAAUCAUAAUGGCAGAGCGUCCGAUGACAGCAUCGUUUCAAGCGAACUGGACCUACGCAGGACACCGGGGGGCAGUACUGACAGCGUGAACAGCCUGGAGGAAAUUCUCUCCAGACGGAGGGGUGUGGAGCUUGGGUCCUUGGCCCGCUCUACCUCAGCUAUCUUUACCACCCCCUCUGGUCCCACUCCUGCGUCCCAUCAAAGACAAGGCACUGCAUCCCAAGGAUUCAACUCUGAAAAUGACUUGCAUCGACGUUCUCCAGGCAUACCAGUCAGGCGUGCUCAUCAAAGCAAAGCUCCUCAAUCCGCUUCCACUGCUGUCACCCAGAACACAUCCAGCAGCAACUCCCCAGUCAACUCCAAAGAAUCCAUGUGUGAUAAUGCCAUCACUCUUAGCCACGAGACUACAGCGAGUGCUGUUGUGAACCCCCACAACGAUGGGGGGCGGUCCUUGCUGUCCUGCAAUGGCCCGCGGCAGAAAAGCCUUGGUCGAUCCACCCCCCACCGUCCCCCUUCACCUGGCAGCGAGAUGGUCACCCUGGAGGAAUUCUUACAGGAGACCAAUGUCCAGUCACCCACCAUAGUAGAGAGCAACAAUCAGGAGAACCUGAUGUGUGACUUCUUCAACAAAGCAGCUGACUUACCUGCUGCUGGACGUUGCACGUCCUCGAAGGAUGGAGCCAGAAUGCCCACCAGCUAUGUGACACCCACUGUGAAAGGCAUGCCCCUGGGAGACAUGGAAGAAGGUAGAACUCCCAGACCUGGGCAGAGUGUUAAGCCUAGCUUGCGGGUACCAGAGGCAACAACAGCUCCAAGUGCCACACCUUCCCCCCAUGCUCAAACACCACCUGGCCAGGUGGGAAGUGGAGGUGUGGCAAGAUCCUCCCACCCACACCUAUCAGGCUGCCGGGGGAGUAGCAACCUCAGUCGAACCUUUAGCUUGGCAUCUGCGGACCUGUUACAAUCCAGCGGCCCUGGAAGCUACAGACACGAAGGGGGCGCAUCGUGGCCGAGCGGUGAGGACUGCCCAGAGGAUGUGGUGCUGAGGAGGCCAGCAGUGGCAGCCCGCGAGAGGCCCCAGUCAGCCAGGUUGGUGGGGCCUUUGCAGCAGCCCACCGAGGUAGGUUGCCGGCCCCUGGACCCACGCAGACUGUCAUUUGCCCCACCAAAGGACACUUACUCUCUGGAGCAACUGCGGCCCCCAUCGCAACACCAGUCCUCCUCGCUGUCACUUUGUGAGACCGGCCCUGGCAGGCGCGCGAGCCCCCAGGUCCGUCCAAAACCGCAGCACCGUGCAGAGGUUGCUAUGGUAACACCAGUGCGUGCUGUGCCAGCCCUAAAGGAGGAAGAACAGGAGGAAUGGCAGCAGGUCCCACAGGUGGACUCCCCUCAGCUGAAGAUGCACGAGGCAGGCGGGAGGCACAUGGCAGGCACGGAGGAGCAGCCCAAAAACACGCCGGUCCCACCUGACCCGAAUGGAGAUCCUCAGACUGUCUGGUACGAGUAUGGCUGUGUGUAGUAGCGUCUGCAUCAAUGCAUCGCUGCCACCCCCAUCCUUCUGAAUGGGCUCUCCUUUGGGAAAGUCCUCAGUUUCCUUGUCUGUUGGUCUCCCUCUGUGGUGGAGGACCCAGUGCUGACAGUUGGGGACAUAGAGCUCAAAGUCAGACCUCAGCCUGGAAGAGCCUUCUUGCACAACAGGAGAAGCACAUGGAAUAUGCCUUGUUUUUCAUAUGAUGCUGGUUUGACUCCCUGAGGACACGCUGUUGAUGGACUGCUGUUCGUUCAGCAGGAGAGCGAACCAUAUGGAGCACGAAAGUUCUUAAUUAUAUGCUGCUGCUGGACAUUGUCAGCGGUUUAGUCGUAUAAUAAACAUCUCUGUAUGUCCAGGUUCUCGUCCGGGUGCUGUGCAGAGAAAAGCAUUAAGGAGAGGAUCAGUGAGGACCCCUGAAGUAAUCUUAGUAGAAUAAUGCCAACUCACACACAGUUCAGGGAUCAGAGGACAAUGACAGGGUUGUUUGUCUUGCUGGAGAUAACUGUGACAACUGAAAAAAUUUCCCUUUUAUAUAAUUAGUUUUGUAGAGAGUUGCUGAUAGACUCUCUGUAUGCAAAAAAUUGCCGACGACAGGAUGAGGGACCCCUUUUUGGGAGGGAAUGUUAGUUUUUCCAGAAACACGUGUCAUGUAACUGUUUUUCCAAUGGGCACUGGUUGAUCUGGAACCUUAUAUCAUCUCACGGUUAACCGUUGGGUGCUGUACUGAACAGUUUAAACCCAUUUAUAAGUGAUGAGACUAAAGGAUUAGUCUGCACCUUUGCGUUGGUGUCUGUCCGCUGUAUGAUUUGUCUGUCUGAAAACAGCAUCUGCACUAAAGUCCUAAUGAAGUAAGACUGAGUCACAACACUGGAUGGCUUAUUAAAUGAUUCUUUUUGCCCUUGACUUGAUGACAGCAGUUUUCACUUAAUUCUGUUGAAUGUCGUUUCCAAAUGUACGAUUUUGAUGUUUCACCAUGUGAUAUAAGGCUAACGAACCAAUUAUAACUUCAUAAUGGAAAAUGCACACAAUUACAAGGACAAAAUGAACUGGUUUUUACACAUUUGGGUAGGAUUGCGGGAGGGAUUCAUAACUGACAGAUGACGGCAAUGACAUGCAGAGAUGAGGAAGGAGGGGGCAUCUCAUACUUUCCAUUUCCUGUCAAGGUCUCUCUGCUUAACUUCUGAUGCCCUAACUAGAGCAGAGAAUAACUGCAGGAAGUUGGACAGGAGCUGUGGUCAAGAUGGGGCCACCACUGGCACUCUGUGGUGCCUGUGAUGAAGUCUAGAUAUUUGGCAGCAUUGUGCAAAUGAGAACAAACCAGGGGAAGCGCCGAGUGAAAAUAAAACUCAAGACAGGGAUGCGAGGAAGAGACGAGACCGGUGGGGAGAGGUGUAGGUUGGCAGCAGCUCUCGGUGUCUCCGACAGAGCAAAAAUGAGCUGUCAGAAUCUGUCAGAUGAUUUAGUUGCUGUGACGCUGUUUUGACAAACAAAUAGCUGUGUAACAGGAAAGAGGUGUGAAUGGAAGAAGUGGUUCAAAGGGGUGUAAUGGAUAAGGUCAAAAAACAAAAGCUGCUGCUGUAGCGACCAAACCAGCUUGUGUGGGGCACGGGAGAGCCACCUGGGGAUGGUUAAGGCAGUGUUGCUGAAGUGAGAGAGACCUGAAGAUGUGGAUCGUUGUUUAGUUUAAAACAGUCUUCCUCACAGCGGACUUCCAGUCUGCGAACAAGACCUGAACCAUGACCUGGACCAACGAGGCUGCUGGCACAGAGACAGAAGGACCAUUGCUGUGGCAACCAAUUUGGACUGAAGAUGGGUCUGAAUGUUGUUGAAGGAGCAGCCAGAAAAAAGGACUAUAGCUGAAUGGUGCUGUUAGCUUGCAAGUAGGUCAUCUGACAGAAUCCAAAAACUUGUGGAUCCCAGGAUUCGAUUUUG